GCUGAUAGCGCCAUGUAGUUCUCGCCUGUGGCGCGUUCUUCGGACCACGAAACAGAUGUGCCAGGAUCGAGUACGCAUCUACACUUUUGCCAUUGCACCACCAGCGACAUCCACCUCAGUACUGACAUGCGCAGGGAUACGAACUCACCGACGAAGAAUGCAACAUAUCCCUCGACGAAUUUCGAGCUCAAUAUGCCGACGAGCAGGGCACACCUCAACGAACGAAAAUGGCCUUCACCGCGCGUCCCUCCGAAGCCAUGAUCAAACGAUACACUCCCAUCACACGCCCUGGCCAGCCUGAGAAAGAGCCUGAGAUUGGCACUAUCCACGUCGAGUUCGCCAAUGAGACUUCUGUGGGCAUCAAACACCUCAAGCAGUUCGCCCAAGAACUGUCGGAAAAGAACUACUACACUGGCAUCUAUGUGUCGCAGGUCGCGCCCACGUCUGCUGCGCUCAAGAUCAUCCCCAGUGUACUACCGACGGUCAUGGAAAUCUUCAGGGAGGAAGAUCUGCUCGUCAACAUCUCCAAGCACGAGUUGGUGCCCAAGCACAUUCCGCUGAGUCAGGAGGAGAAGCGUGGUCUGCUUGAGCGAUACAGAUUGAAGGAGACACAGCUGCCGAGAAUCCGAGUGGACGAUCCGAUGGCGAGGUAUCUGGGUUUGCGGAGAAGUCAGGUUGUGAAGAUCAUUAGGAAGUCGGAAACUGCUGGGCGGUAUGCUUCUUACAGAUGGGCCAUCUGAGGUAGCACGUGAUACGAAGAUGUCUGAACACAAGACGAAAGUAGGGAGAGUGCAAAAGCGGAUGAUAUGAGCAUAGCGAGGCGUACGGUGUUUGGUGUAAGAGUACGUCUGAAGAAUCAAUUAUACCACAAAGGUCCUGGGGUGGUGAGACUUGCAGUGCUGUACAUGUGAGCUCGUAUUGUGACCCAGGCAGCUAUGCUAUUACGUCUACUGCGAUUCCGCCAACAGCUGUCACGAGCGUCAGUUGGGGAGAUCGAUGAUUGUAACACCAAAAACACAGGAUAGCCAGCCACUGGAAGGGCGGCAGCGGAGAGGAGGCCGAUAAUACACCCGAGUCGUGUGACUAGAUGGCAUAGC